ACAAUCGAGCAGCGAGCGCGACAGGCAACAUCGCCUCUCCUUUGGACCAACUUUGGACUGCCUGAAAAACAGGCUGACGGAUUUUCGCGCCACAGCAAAUCAUCUGGGUUCGACUGAAGCCAGAACGACGCAGCUGACAUGGAUGAUGAUUUUCUCUGCACAAUCACAGCUUACCACAGAGAAUCUUCUAAGGGCUCCUGGAUGAGACACACCAGUGCAAAGAACUUCCCCACCCUGCAGGACAUGUGCAUCAGCAGGGUGGUGCAUUCCUUCAAGUCUUACGAAACCAAUCCAACUAACCCUGAUGAGAAGAAAACAAACAGAAUCAGCAGCCUACCUUUGGUACUGAAAGAGAAGCUUCUCCGCCACCUCGACUCGGAGCACGAACUCAUCAAAACCAUAGACGAGAAGAAACUCGCCGGCGAAUUGGCUGUCCUGCUCAUCAACAAACAAACCACCUCCUUUGACUUCAGGGCGUGUGGUCUGAAGGAUAUGUCGGACAUGACCUGGCUCCAGUUGUACGAACUGGAGGACAGAGUUUGGACAAAGCUGUACGAAGAGGCGCCCAAUAUGAAGAAAAUCAGGUACAGGGUGAUUCAACCGAAGCCUAUCUACGCCCUCGCCAGCGUUCUUCAGAUGAAAAAUCUGGAGCACCUCGAAUUCCCUCACAUCCUCUUCGACAACAUGAGGCUGGACAUUGUAGCAGAUAAUUUGAAACAGCUCAGGUACCUGAAUGUUUGUUUGCUUCCACUCGAUAUGAACAACGAGGAUUUCUUCGGCAUCGAAAGUCUAACAAAACUGGAGCACCUUCAACAUUUCAUCUUUCACACCAGGCCCUACAGCUACGUCAUGACGCAAAUAAUCAUCAUCCGGACCAUGAAGGAGAUGCCCCACCUGAGGACGGUCGGCUUGUUCCCUCAGCCGAAGAAACCUGACAGCGACAUUCGAGCAAACCACGUUCUGUCCGGCUGCACCAAAUUGAAAAUCGAGCAGUUGGUAUUGAAGGGAGGAUUCGACUUUCCCGAAAACUGCGAAGUUCCCUGUGUCCGAACCGUCCUGAUCGACGAACCGGAAAUCUCCGACCCGGAUCGCCUUCGUCGCUUCCCUGCCCUGGAGGAACUGUACCUGACCAGUGAGAAGGGAAUAACUUUUGCCGAAGUUAUGAAGUGCCUCGACAUUGUGGGUUCAAAACUGACCAAACUCGAAGUAAACGUGAACCGCGACCUGUUUGACCUGAACCUGGUUCUGCUGACCUGUCCUCGCCUCAAGCACUUGUCCGCCCACGCCAGAGGUGGCUUCGACGUCCUCCGGCCUGUUACGAACAAAAUGGUUCAAGGGAAGGACUUGGAAUUGGAGUCGCUCACCCUUGAGCUGGUCAACGACGCAUGGACGUCCAAUGAACCGUCCGACCUGCAAACCAACCUGCUGCAGCAAAUCGUCCAAGCACCCAACUUGAAAACCAUCGUUUUUGAGGAAAUUUACAUCAAGGAAAAAGAGUGUGAAUUUGUUAGCAAUAUGGUCAAAAGUGGAGAAAUUUUCCAAAAACUUAGGUCCUUCAAGUACUCGACUGAUUACCAAGGAAUUUAUCCCACUUGUUACUACACAAUGUUCAGGACCAUAGCUGCCUUUUGUCCAGUUUUGUUCGAAACGAUUUGGGACGGAGCAACAAUUUCUGACUUGCCCAGCAGGUGGGACAAAAACUUGUUUAACUACAAAAAGCACUAAGAAUUUUCAACUGUUUGUGACCGCCACACUUUUAUACUAAAAUUUGAUGAACUUAAAUGCAGAAUUAUGUAAUUUUUUACAUUUCUUAAAACUCUUAUUAAGAAUAUUUGUUUAUAAUUUAAAAAAAAAAACAUCUCAUUAUAUAUAUUUCAAUAAAAUUGACAGUUAUUUCUUUAAUUUUUACUGUUCA